GAGCAUAUGUUAAAAUUAUUAUACAUUUAUACCGUACCUGAGGAGGAGGGAAGCGAGAGCAUUGAAAAAACAUGGACGCGCCUCCGUUUAAGAAGAGGCCGAGACUGGAGUCGGAGUCGGAGUCGGAGCCGGAAAACGCCGAAACCGACAGCGGGGAUACUGAGGAGCAGGCAAUGAGUGACGGAGAGGAAGACCUCAUCGCUCUCAUCGAGCACCGUUCCAAGGAAGUUGAACAUCUACGCAAACGAUUCUCUUACUACAAAAGCCAGCUUGAAGAAGCAGAGAAGAGGUUAGAUGAUUCACAACGGAAAUUGGCUCGCCUCCGGUGCCAGAAGAGUGUUAAGACAUCACUAACCCAGUCAGAAUUUAGAUCACAAUUCAACUUGAAUACAAGUAUACCAGUCCGAAGAUCUCCAACACCAGAGCGUAAAUUCCCAAUUACUUUCUGGAAGAGUGAAUCUUCUUCUAGAAACCAGCCUCAAAGUAAACCGCAACCUGAAAUUCUUGAUAUUAAACAAGAAGAUUAUGAACCUGUAACUAAAAAUUCAAGUAGUCCUAGUUCUGCUGGUGAUUCAGGUUUCUGUUUUAGUAAUAGUAUGAUCAAGCAUAAAGGUGACAAAACUCAGAGAGAACCUUGUGAAAAGGAAGUUGUUGAUGCUCAAGAUAAAGGAGCAAAGAGAAUUUCUGAUAAAAAAAGGCAGAAAGAUUUAAUCCCGAUGAUUAGUUGCCACUCUUCACCGUGCAUGAUCGACUGCCAGACUUGUGCUAUUGUAACUAGUCAACAUAAGAGAAAGCUGAGAAGUCUUGUCUUGUCUCCAACUAAUGAGCAACACUUUGCCACCAGCGCACUGGACGGAGCAGUCAACUUGUGGCAGCUUCAGAAUAGAGGAUCAAGUGCGACCCUUCUUAGUACUACUAAUUGCCUGUCGGUCAAGCAAAGGAGAUGGCCGGAAGAUAUUGCCUGGCAUCCUGAGGGGAAUUCCCUUUUUUCAGUUUACAGUGCUGAUGGUGAAGAAUCUCAGAUUUCAAUCUUGAAUCUUAACAAACGGAAGGAGGUAAGUUUCUUGGAAGAGAAGCCGCAUGUUAAAGGCAUCAUCAACAACAUAAUGUUCAUGCCAUGGGAGGAUAACUGUUUUGUUACGGGUGGUAGUGAUCAUGCUGUCGUUUUUUGGUCUGAAAAAGAGCGAAAGAAUUCAUGGAAACCUAAUGUGUUACAUAAAAGCCUGCAUUCUUCUGCUGUAAUGGGAGUUGCUGGUAUGCAACAGAAGAAAAUUGUUAUGUCCGCUGGUGCUGACAAGAGAAUCAUUGGAUUCGAUCUUGUAGAGGAGAAAGUGGAGUACAAGCAUCAAAUAGAAAGCAAGUGCAUGAGUGUUCUACCCAACCCCUGUGACCUCAAUCUAUUCAUGGUUCAGACCGGGACUUUAGAGAAGCAACUUCGAUUGUUUGAUAUCAGAGACAGGCAAAAGGAAGUUCAUUCGCUCGGAUGGAAGCAAGAAAGCAGCGAAUCACAAUCUGCGCUUAUACAUCAAGCCUGGUCACCGAAUGGCCUCUACAUUUCAUCGGGUUCAGUUGACCCCGUGAUUCACAUAUUCGAUAUAAGGUACAACUCCCACAAACCUUCCCAGUCCAUAAAAGCGCAUCAGAAACGCGUCUUCAAAGCUGUUUGGCACCCCACUUUACCUCUCCUGAUAUCUAUCUCGUCUGAUCUUAACAUUGGAUUGCAUGAGACUGCUUGAGUUGCAGACAGUACCUACAGCCUUGCAUUGUUCCAAAUGUUUGGAGAUUUUGUUCAAUGUGGGAUUAUGUUAUAUCUAACAUAACAUUUGACUCAAGAAAAUACAUAGGAAUGUAAAUCAAUCUUUUGGGUUUUCCAUCUUCAAUCAAGUAUUCUUGUGUUAAA